AUGAUUCGUCUCAACCCCACUGCCCUCUCUGUCACAGUAGAGGAUGUAAACAACCUUGUGGUGCGUCGAGGCUCGUCUUCCGACGACUCAGAAACCCAGACUACGAAUCACAUCGGCCAGCAGAUUAGCAAACAAAGCGUCUUUGAUAGCUCCGAAGAGCAGCCUCCGUACACCGCUGCACAGGCUUCGGCAUCACCGACGGCGGCAUCAACAAAGGACGGUCAGCCAGAUGCAUUGCCCUUGCAAGCACGUGCCGAACCGGAGAUGGAUGACAGUUACAUGGAAGAUGUGCCCCAUCCGGUGCCGGCCUUGACAGAAACUCGCACUCGCGGUGGCAACAGCAGCAAGAACAGUCAGACUGCAGGUGAUAGUGAGGCAGGCCACGCUGCAGAGCUAAGCGAAGACGUAAACAUGGCGACACCUCACCAACAUGGACAAGUAUUGGCUCAUCUCACCCCGAGCCAAAAUGACGCUCCUGCUCAGGUAGGGCCAUAUGACGACAACGCCUCGCCUCGGUGGCUGUCUCUGCCACCCCGCAGGCCGCAUCCAGCGUGGGCAGCUGCCGAGCGGGAAACCGCCACGAGCCCGCUUGCCAAUCGACCACAGGUGGAUCGGUAUCCGGAAACGUCUGUGGCUACAGGUCCAUUCUCCUCGCCCGUUGGAACGGCACGGAGACGAUCGAUCGUGACUCCUGAGCAUCGGAGACCAGUUCGCACUCCUCGACGCUCGCAAUCACAUGGUGACGACUUGGAAGCAAUAGACAGACGCGCUGCAAAAGAAAAGGAAAGAGGCCCUGAACACUUUGAGCAGCCUCCCCGUGCCCACAAGCAGCCCGAUGUUUUCCCACCGACAGGGCGCGACCGAGAGCCCGCCGACUUUAAAAUAUUCGAAGAACCCUCGCGAGUGGUCCGAGUGAGCCGUCGUGAAUUUGAGCAAUUCUUCGGGCGUGUCAAUGCCGGCAGCGAUGACGACGUGCCAGAUGUGCUGGAAGAGGUCGUCUAA